AAACGGUGUCAAACGUCAAGGGAGAGUAAAAAAUGGCAAAGGCGUCGAUGUGAACGUUUAUCUCUCUCUCGUAUUUUAGCGUGUUUUUUAUUAUUUUAAUUCAACCAUGAACUCGAUCACCGACAGCCUGAUCAGCUGGCUUCAGACGUUCAAUGUUUCUGCCCCGCACAAGACCGUCGAUCAGCUGUCCGAUGGAGUUGCGCUCGCCCAGGUACUGCACAAAAUCGACCCAGACUUCUUCGACUCAUCCUGGCUGUCGAAAGUCAAAACUGACGUGGGAAGCAACUGGCGACUCAAAUUCAGCAACCUGAAGAAGAUUCUCAAGGCUAUUAUUGACUACUACAACGAGGUUCUGUUCCAGCAAAUCACAGAGUUCCGCUUCCCCGACGUCGGUGCCAUCGCGGAGCGGGGAAGCCGUGAUGAAAUGGGACGGCUCCUGCAACUGAUCCUCGGAUGUGCCGUAAACUGUUCCAGGAAACAGGAAUACAUACAAGUCAUUAUGGGUCUUGAGGAGGCUGUCCAGCACGUUGUCAUGAAAGCUAUUCAGGAGCUCAUAACGAAGGAAAGCCCCAGCAGCUACACUGGCGACAACUUCGACCUCAACGAGCAGUUGAAGAAGGCGCUGGAUGAACUGCACGCAACUGCACAGGCAAAGGAGCAGAUCACGCAGCGCUGCCACGAGUUGGACAUGCAGGUUACAAUGCUUCAAGACGAGAAGGUGAGCUUGAUGCAAGAAAACGAGAAGCUGAUGGAGAAACUCAACCACGUUGAAAACCUGGAGGACCCUAGCACACCAGCGGGAAGGCGCUAUCAGCAAUCCCAGCAGCGGAUAGACGCACUACAGGCUGAAGUAUUCAAAUUGGAAACUGCGAAAGAUGAACUGCGAAUCAAGGUGGAAUUUCAAGAGAAGGAAAUUCUGAAUCUACAGGAAAAGAAUGAGGAAUUGCACAAAACGUUGAACGAAGCUCAGACGUUGAAAGAUGAGCUGGACGUCCUGAGGCAUACAUCGGACAAAGUGGAGCACUAUGAAGCUGCCAUUGAGACCUACAAAAAGAAAUUGGAGGACAUGAGCGACCUCAAGAGGCAGCUCAAGUUACUGGAGGAGAAGAACACCUCGUACAUGCAGACCAACAUCGAACUUGAGGAGGAUGUGAAAAAGAUGGCAGCGUUCAAGUCGCAGGCCGACCUGUACAAGAAGCAGACGCAGGAGCUGCGGCUUCAGCUGGCCGACGAGACACGGAAAGCCAACCGCGCCGAAUUCGAGGCCAAGAAGCUGCACGAGAAGUUGGCUUCACUGCAAACUGAGAAGGAGCGACUUGUUGCUGAACGAGACUCCUUGAAGGAAGGCUUGGAAGAUCUACGCUGCUCUCAACUCCAAAAAGAGAGUUCUCAUGUGCAGAGCGGUGCCAAGGCCGUUGGAGCGAUCUCAGAUUCUGACAUGCUCGAGACUGUGCCUCCUGAAAUCAACUGUAUGGACAUUGGGACGGAGAAACUCAUCAGGCUUCAGCACGAGAACAAGAUGCUGAAGCUGGAACGAAGCUCGAGCGAAGGCCAGCAGGUGACCUUACUCAAGACCAUGCUCGAGGACGCACAGUCACGCCAGAACGACCUGGAGACUGAAGUCAGACUCCUGAGCCAGCGCAACCUGGAGCUGGAGAGCCAGCUGGAGGACAGCCGGGAGGCGGCGUCGGCGCAUGAGGGGGCCGAGGCACGACAGCAGCUAGCCCUCGCACAGCGGCGCUGCAAGGAGCUCGAGGGCCAGCUGCGCGAGCGCGAGGCCAGCCUCGAGGCCAUGGCGACACGCCUAGCCGAGUCCUGCGAGAGCCAGUCCGAGUUGACGGAGCAGCUCGAGAAGAAAGCUGAAGAGACGAGGGUCAUGGAGGAGCGAUACCAGAAGUACCUCGAGAAGGCCAAGAAUGUGAUUCGCACGCUGGACACGCGGUCGCCGUCGAGCGCCGAGGUGGUCGCCUUGCGUAACCAGCUUCAGGACAAGGCCAAGCACAUCAGCCAGUUGCAGCAGGAGUUGGAGAUGUUCAAGGCCCAGUGGGAAAAGGAGGAGCGCCUCAUCAGCACAGCCUUCUACAACUUUGGAGCGAAGUCACAGCAGAGGUCGGCCGAGGAGCGUAUCGUCCACUUGACCGGCGGCCAGUCUUUCCUGGCGAGGCAACGUCAGGCCACAUCCAAGCGGCAUAAUGUGCCCGGUGUUCAGACGAGUGAAUUCUUUGAGUGAGAAUGCGUGAGCCUGUGUGUGUCUUCGACAUAACCGGACAGACAAAGAAAAAAAAAAAGCAUGAGCACAGCCUACCUUUGACCGACCGCAGCUACCGCAAGUGCUCGGUCAGCCGACCGUCCCGUGCCCUCCGCUCAGCAUGAAGGCCUGGAGCUCGAGCGCCACAUACCUGCAUCAUCCUGUAGCUUUUAGUCUCCUGCCAUCUCUCUUUGUGUUUUCACUACACCAUUUUUUUUUUUCUGUAUCAUCAUUGCUUCUCUGUACGUGGUGUGCUUGCUUGUACCAACAUUCCAAUGUUUUGCUUAAUAGCUGGUGCCUAUAUAGUCGGUGAAAAUAGAAGAGUGCAGUAGCGAUUACACAACUGUUAUUAAAAGGCAAUCGGUGUAGGUGUGUCAGCUAAUAACUUUAUUUACUCAACUGUAACGUGCACUUGUUUUUCAAGCUCAAAAGUGAACCUGCGAUAGGCGCUCUCCAAAUUCGAACUCUGCAUACGAAUGGUCAGUUUUCUUUUUACUGUGGACAUUGUUGUGUCUCGAUGGCAACAAAUUUUUCAUUUCCCGCGCGAGAGCAAAUCGCCGUCUCUUUACUUAUCGUCAGAAUGUGACGAGGGGCGAAGAAUUGAAGAUCGAAGCGCAUGUCGCAAUCGAGGGCACUGCAUUUUUCAUUACUAAUUGCGAAGACAGGGUGUGCGUUACAAGUCAGUAAAUACGGAAUGUUAGCUCACUUCCUUCAAGCCAUGGUGGUGGUGGGUUUUACAUAUUGGCACCUCUUGAAAAAUGCGUCUUGGAAUGCAGACACGUGGAGGAUAGCUGCAACAGGGUUUUAUGGAUGUAGCUCAUUCCAAAUGCUUUGGUUAUCACUUAUUGCAGUAGGAUGAGUUUAGGAAUGUUUUACUGUUUUAGAAGUCUUGCUAACACUGUUUGCAACGGACAUAUCAUGUCACCAAUGUGCUUGUUGUUAUCUACACGCCCAGCACACUGCACAAAAGUUUGUUCCUGGCAGCCUUGUUCCCGGCAGUGUUUGAUGCAUAUUAUACUAUAUGUUUGCUACUUUAGAAUGUUCACCUACAUUAAUGGAACUACGCUUGAUGUAUGCCAACUCGAAAGUGUACUAUUGAGCAGCAGUUACGCACAUCUGCAAAUUGUAACAUUAAAUCAUCGAUAUUGUGUGGACCGUAUCGCUGUGUAGAAACAGCCCAUGCCAUUUUGUGCAUAUAUUUUUAUGACCGCUGUGGACACCUGUACGACAUUUCCAGAGCAUGUAAAUAUUAGAUUUAUAAAAAAAAAGGCUUCUCAUUUCAACCAUACAAUGUAGUAGAGCUAAGGUAAAAGCAUUACAGGUGGUAAACAUUUCUGUGUCAGCUGCAAUCUUAACUUUGUGAAGCAACGUUUUUCUGCCGGGAGCACAAGCUGUCAUGGCGAAUGCCCAUAACGUGUUCCAACCUGUUCAGCCGCUGAAGGUUUUAAAGGACCCCCAAACAAUCCCCAAACAUUUUCUUUCUAUUUAUAGUAAACACGCGCAUUGUGUUAGAAAUAAAGGCAGCAACAGCGGGCAACCCCGAAAUAUGGAGUUAACAUAACUGGAAAUAUAUAUCGUUUCAAAACCAGAAAAAAGCGUGAACAUGACGCUUGUAGUGGCACGUUAUUCAUGUGACAUUUAAACAAGUACCCGGUGAGGUGGUGAGACUGGCCAGGCUGAGAGGAACGAAGAAAAGCAAUAAACGAGUGGCAGCUGUGUUGUCGAUCAUCAAACUCCUCUAACUCUGCCAGUGCGGUAUCAUUAAAAAAAAUUAUUUUGGCUUGACAUUGUUGUGAACUUGUACACACACUAUAUAUAAUGAAUUCUCGACUUCAUUGGUGGUUUAGGGGCCCUUUAAAGUCUUUUUAGGAGUGAAGAAUCGCUCACUUGCAAAGGAUAUCACUGUUUAAUGCUAGAAUCUCCUGCAACCACAACAAAGUAGUUCACAUACAGUCUUUGUUUGUUAGCUGUGCAGCGAUAGACUGUACAGUACAAGCAAACAAGGCAAGGCCCACCCUGUGGCCAACAUUUUUACAAAAACGUUCACCCACAUUGCCCACUUUCAAGUCUUCAUGUUGUUGCGACUGCUUUGUUAGCUUGCACAAGUUUUUAUGGCAUCUUUCGCAAUGCAGCCAUUUUACGCGAGGCUCAGCUUUUUUUUAAUGUUAAUGGGUUCUUGCUACGCUAGCUUGCUAAUUGCAUGCAGUGCAGCAGAGGCUACGGGCCUCUUUGCCCAACCAGAACAGAGAACCACAAGAAAGGCUUUUCCACUCUCCACUUCUAAUCAUUGUUUGCAUGGUGCCUGUUGAAUGGAAAGCUGUAUAAAAGGAUUAGUGGUGUCCAUUAGGCAAGUGCCCUACUCUCAUAAGAAUACGCAGCCGCUCAGACAGCACAUAUUUGUGACACAAGCCUUACACAUUUGUGUGGGUCUUUGCUGCACUGUGUAAAGUUGGCAAGACAGCAUAUGGCAUCUUUCCAUGUCCGGCCGGCAUAUCCCACAAAAGAAAUCUCUUCCGUUAUCCGAGGAGUUGUUAAGGAUAUAUAUCAUCAGUCUAUGUUAAUAACUGCACGCUUUUAUAUACACAAUAUUAUGGCGUUUUAGAAACCGUUGACGAGAUUUCAGCAAGCACUGCCGUUGUUUCAUGUACUUUGAGAUGCAUUGUUUUUUCUACCAAAGUGCAAUUGAAUGAAUGAUGUGUCGCUGCAGUUGUAAGAUUUUUAUUUUGCGUUGAUCUUCAUUUUACCUGCAGUUUGUGUAUCACAAGGUCAUUUUAUUGUUUUGCAACUGGUUUUAUACUCGAGGAAAUAACAACCUAGGCUUUGCAGGGGUGAAAAAGAGUGUAUUCAUAUCUGUACAUACAUAGUAUUUACGUUGUGUUCGAAAUUUAGCUUGUUUCGGUAGGGUGAUUUGCCGGGUUAUUGUGUACGCGAUAUUUAUAGAAAAAUAAAGCUGUCAAAAACCUGC